AUGGCUACCCACCCGGCUCCUAUCCAACUGUCUCCCUCGGUCUUUCUCUACCAAGAAGAUUCGAGCUUGAAAAACACACAUCAAGAGGACCAAAAUGGGCCACGUCUCGUGAUUCUUGCUACAUGGGCAUUCGCCCAAGACAAUCACAUUGUCAAAUACAUCGAUAAAUACCGAGAAUUGUUUCCGAACGCCUCCAUUAUGGUGGUUAAAUCAUUCCUCAGGCACUUCUUCUGGAUCCCCGGAGCCCGAAAAGAGCUCGAACCAGCGGGACUUGCCAUCCGUAGCCUCUUGAGCGCGGACGAUCAAACCGGGACGUCGACCACCGGGCCACCCAUGCUGGUUCACCUAUUUUCAAACACUGGCCUCAGCACAAUCUACAACCUCUGCGACACAUAUUCAGGCACAACAGAAAGUGAAAAGACCAACCCCAGAGACCGCCUCCCUUUGCACGCGACAGUUUUCGACUCAUCCCCGGGAAUUUACGAGUACUGGUCCGUAGCUAAUGCAGUCAUGUUUGGAGUACCCCAUGGCAAGUGGCUUGCACGGAUCAUGGCCGCGCCGUUUGCCCAUCUCCUCAGUACGACUCUUUGGGUUGGGGUGUACGUUUUCGGUGGCACUGACUGGGCGGGAAUUUGGGGCCAGGCGGCGAAUAACGCGACAAGGUCUGUUGAAACGUGCCGGUCUUACGUGUUCAGCGCUGCCGAUCCAUUGGUUAGAAAGAAGGACGUGCAGAAUCACGCGAAGGAUGCUCUCGUGAAGGGGUUUCAUGUUUUAUAUCAAGAGGAUUUCGGCAACAGCAAGCAUGUGUCGCAUGCACGAUCUAAUCCGGAUCGUUAUUGGCGCGUGGUCAAAGAAACCUGGGAGGGAUGUAAGAGCGGAGAUGAGUCAACGACGAUAUGA